GCCACCGUCUUCUUCUUGGAGUGAUCCAUCUGAAUGGGACAACUCAUCUUUGGAGGGUUGUGUCGGUUGACGUCUACGUCCACCGGAGAGAAAGAGCAGCGUAAAUGUGAAAAAUUUACUAUAUACAGGUGGAAUUUGGGGUGCAACCGUCUGCAAUGGAAAACUCCACUGAAGACUACAAGAUCCAGUCAUUUGACCUGGACACACAGAUGUUGCUGAAAACGGCCUUGAAAGAUCCAAGUGCAGUGAACCUGGAGAAGGUUUCCACCAUCAUUGUGGACCAGUCUCUGAAGGACCAGGUGUUCAGCAAAGAAGCCGGACGCAUCUGCUUCACUAUUGUGCAGACCGAGGCCAAGCAAAACAAUGGAAACGUGUUCAGGAGAAACUUGCUGAAUCGACUGCAGCAGGAGUUUAAGGACCGUAAGGAGACCAGGGAGCGCUCGCUGCAGGAGUGGGUGUGCUUUGUGACGUUCAUGUGUAACAUCUUUGACUACCUCAAAGUGAACAACGUGCCGAUCGUGGCCUUGGUCAAUCCUGUGUAUGACUGUCUGAUGAGGCUGGCCCAACCUGAUGCUUUAGUGAAUGAGGAAGAGGUGGACUGCCUGGUGCUGCAGCUGCAUCGCAUCGGUGAACAGCUGGAGACGAUGAGCAGCCAACAGAUGGACGAGCUCUUCUUCCUGCUGCGGGACGGCUUUCUGCUCCAGGAAGGCCUCACUUCCAUGACUCGUCUGCUGCUCCUGGAGAUCCUGGAGUUCAGAGCUGGGGGGUGGCUGCUCAGCAGCACUGCACAUAAGUACUACUACAGUGAACUUGCAGACUAGAGCGGUUGCAAAGGCGAGGGCAUAGAGCAGCUUUUUUGCAGCUGCAUUAUGAAACCACUCCUGGUGAAAAGCAAGCAAGUUCCUGACAGACGGGGACAUCUAACAUGUAAUAAGUUGGAGUGCUUGUAAGAAGACUUUAUUUUUGCUGGAUUGUUCCCUGCAUUUGAUAAUAUUACUGAGAUGUGCCGUGGAUGUGGAACGUGCAAUAGUUCAGUUAACGAGGUUUAGCCACAUUCAGGUACACUUUGGUUUGUUCCUAAGUUUUUCUUGCCACUUGUAAAGCUGAAAAUUGUUAUUUUUCUGACAUUCCUUUUGACAUUUCAACUUCCACUUAUUUUUUACCAAAUCUGAAUGAGCUGGAAAUUACAUUCCAGUCAGAUGCAAGCUGAUAUGGUCUUUGCUUUACCUUUUUAUUGUGACCAAUGUUUUAAUUAAUUGAAAAGGAAAUAUUUUAUUGAGUAAAUACCUUUUAGUGUAGAACAUAAUUGAAUUGGUUUGAAUUCUAGUCUAGUUCUGAGUUUUCAGCCCAAGAUUCCCUGUAAGAUUUCUGUUACUGUUUGACACAAGAUAUGUGAAGCUCAGACGAAACAUGUCUCAAUUCAGGGAUUGAAUUGUUUUUCUUAUGACUCAGCUUAACAAUAAAAGACCAAGAGAAUA